AUGAACCCUGCAAAGCUGCACUAUUGGAUUCUGGGUUGUUUUUCUAUGGCAUUAUGUUGUUGGUGUACUUCAGAAAAAUUUAUUUACAGUGACAGCCACCCUCAUACAUGGAAAAAGCUGUAUCUUGCUCAUCAUUGGCCAGUGACUGUGUGUAAGAUGAGUGCUAAUGAUUGCGAAGACCCUCCAAAGUACUGGACGAUUCAUGGACUGUGGCCUGACAAAACUGAAGAUUGUAAUAGGACAUGGCAUUUCAAUGUCACCGAGAUUAAGGAUCUUAUGUCAGACAUGAGACACUGUUGGCCUGAUGUGCUUCAUUCAUCUCUGAAUCGCACCCAGUUCUGGAAACAUGAGUGGGAUAAACAUGGCACUUGUGCAGCCACACUUGAGAUCCUUAAUUCUCAGAAAAAAUAUUUUGGUAAAGCCUUAGAACUCUACAAGCUUGUUGAUCUCAACAGUUGUCUCUUAAAAGCUGGGAUAAAGCCAAGCAGUUCAUACUACCAGAUGACUGCCAUAAAGGAAGCUCUUACAAGAUUUUAUGGUGUAACACCAAAGAUCCAAUGCCUUCCUCCAGAAGAGGGUGAAAAAGCACAAACAAUUGGCCAGAUUGAAUUCUGCUUCACCAAACAACUGCAACUGAGGAACUGCACGACGCUGAAGGAUGAAUCCAACCCAGUGCAGGCUCACUUGAAGCUUGGAACUGAGGAGUUGUCUGUCUGCAAUGAUAACCUCCCAACCUAUUAUCCUUCAGAGGUUCAAGAUCACAAACAAAGCCAUAAGAGUUUGAAAAACUUUUAA